GGAAGGUGGGUAGCUCCGAUGAAACUGCUCUAUAAGUCUUAAAAAAUUACUUCGCUAAACCACAGCUCAUGUUUUUAAUACACAAUCAAACGUUCACAGAAAUCUUUGGUGUCGGUUGUUACCGGAAAUGUUACGUUUUUCUUGUCCAGAUUUAAAUCUUAGGGGUUCAGCGGAUAGUUUUCUAUACAAUAAUUUAUGUCUCUAUGUGCUAGUUUUUACUGUUUUUCAGUUUAAUAAUGAAUGCAUUUGUACAAAACUUUUAGUUAAACGAGUCUUGCUCUGUUUAGGGGAGCAGUAACUGACCUACUUUUAACACGAGUUAUGACAUAUGUUAUUCUCCGCUGAGUAAAUAAUCUGGAGUCCAAUAAUUAAACUACAGCAAUAUAUUGGUGAAGUAUGGCGUUUAGAGUUAUUAAAACCGUAAAUUCUGUCAAAUUUUACAUUCGAGCAAUAAAAGUCAUUUAUUUUUGUUGCGAAAUGUUUUCAUCUGAUCUCGCAGGGGAACUGACUGAGCACAAAAGUUUAUUUGCAAAGACGCUGACAGCUUACAGUUCUCUAACUCACCACAUUAAUGGAAAGCUUGGUGGAAGGAAGAAGUUUUCAUAUUUCUCUGUUUCAGUGCCUUCAUCACCAGAAGCAGCCAUGGACCUGGUGCUAAACGUGGCCGACCACUACGUCCUGACACCCUACGUCUACCCUGAGUCGUGGGCCGAGGACGGCGCCCUGCGGCAGAUCAUCAGCCUCCUGGUGCUGACCAACCUCGGGGCGGCCAUCUUGUACCUCGGCCUGGGAGCGUUCAGCUACUAUUUCAUCUUUGAUCACAAUUUGAUGAAACACCCGCACUUUCUGGAGAAUCAAGUUCAGAGAGAAAUUAAGUAUGCAAUGACCUCCCUGCCCUGGAUCAGCAUCCCCACCGUGGCCUUGUUCUUCGCUGAGGUCAGAGGUUACAGCAAGCUGUACGACAACGUCAGCGACUCCCCGCUGGGUUGGCCUGGUCUCUUCCUCAGCAUGAUCUCCUUCCUGUUCUUCACUGACAUGUGUAUCUACUGGAUCCACCGCUUCCUGCACCAUAAGCUUAUUUACAAGAUGUUUCACAAGCCACACCACAUUUGGAAGAUCACCACGCCCUUCGCCAGCCACGCCUUCCACCCGGUCGACGGCUUCCUGCAGGGCCUGCCCUACCACAUCUACCCCUUCCUGUUCCCCCUUCACAAGCUGCUCUAUCUGGCUCUGUACGUGUUUGUCAACAUCUGGACCAUCUCCAUCCACGACGGCGACUACCGCGUCCCCGCCGGCCUGACCGGCGUCAUCAAUGGCUCCGCCCACCACACCGACCAUCACCUCUUCUUCGACUACAACUACGGCCAGUACUUCACCCUGUGGGACCGGCUGGGAGGCUCCUACAGGCACCCGUCGGCACUCAUGGGGAAGGGCCCCAUGGAGCUGGUUCGGAAACUGCAGGCAGAGGGAAAGUUGGGGAAACAGGAAGUGAACGGACACGCUCAGAGGAAAGAGGAGUAGCAGAGUUGGGAUUGAUUACAGAGACGAUUCGUUAAUCAGUUGCAAAACUGAGAGGAAAUAUUUCCAGUUCAUGUUCGCCGUAUAAGAUGAUCCUGAUGAACGAGCUUCGACUUGCUUUGUUGUUUUCCCUUCAGCAGUGGAGUUUUGUGCAGUUAACAUUUUUUAAAUUAGGGCUGAAAAACGUAUCACGAUAAAUGCGUUAGUCGAUAUCAGUAAUUAUUGGUUAGUUUUCUGUUGUAAAUGUCUGAAACUUUGCCAAACUGGUGACUUUAUCAACAGUUUUCUGUCCACGUCGUUUUUUAUUUGUAUGCGGUUAUCAGACACGGUGGGGAAACUUGAAACCGCUGCUGUGUAAGUUACUCAGUAGGUUGUUGCUAGGCAACCAGUUUGUCGAUGCCACUUACAUUGCUUAGCUAGCUGUGAGAGUUUAAGCGACACUAAGCAUUUCUUCUGCCUACAUCCCCCAGAAUACUGUGCGGUUCUGAAUCAGAGUUUGGUGAUUGUUCUAUAUAUUGAAUAUUCUAUUGAUAUUGAUUGCAUGUCUGCCAUGAUAUGUAUUGUUAUUGAUUUAUUGUCCAGGCCCUAGUUUCAAUACAACACUUGUUGUUCUUAAGUGGAAACAUCUGCUUGCUAACUCCAGGUGUUUUUAAAGCUCUCUGUGAGAGGUCCUCAGGU